AUAAAAUACUAUGGGGACUACUGAGAUACCAAUUAUUUCUUGGCCAUCAAUUCAGCCAUAAAUAAAAGCUGUUGACGAGCUACAUAUGAAGUUGCUGACACCACAGGCAAUGGGACACGGCAGGAUAAGCAAAUAGUCUUCGCAUAGAAAGAAGCAGCCAAGGCGUCGGUCAUGGAGGCAGUAAGAACGUUCAGACCAACGGCAGAAGCAGCCUUCGACCGAACACCAUAAACAUAAAAAGGGGAAGAGGUUCGCUUCUCCUUCUUCGUUGCAGAAAAAGUAUCUCUCUUGAUGGAGGCAUCGGCAUCUCCGUGCUACUCCGACAUGGGAAUGGAGCAGAGUUUCUUUGAUCAGUGGGAAUGGACUGCUCUGGAUCAGCUCAGCGCAGACCAACUGGGAGUGGGCCUCCUGCGAGAUGUAGAACCGUCUCCCUCCUCUGAAAGCCAUGCUUCGUUUCCCAAGAAGGCCACCAAGACCGACGCCUCGUGGCCAAGAAUUCUAUCGUUUGGCAGGCCGGAAUCACCCAUCUGUCACUCCGCUCUCUAUGUUCCGACGAUGAGGCCGAAAGAAGAGAUGGCUGUGCCGAUCCCCGGUGGCUCGAAGAGGGACUACGACACCAUGUCGGGGCAGGGUUCCAAGAGGGCAAACAUGGCGGCGAGGACGGCCUCUCAUAACGCGGAACACGUCGUGGCCGAGAGGAAACGCAGAGAGAAGCUUAGCCAGAGAUUCAUCGCACUCUCCGCAGUAGUUCCUGGUCUAAAGAAGAUGGACAAGGCCUCCGUUCUCGGGGACGCCAUCGAGUACCUGAAGCGACUCGAAGAGCAGGUCAAGUCUCUGGAAGAUCAAGUUGCGAAGAGGCAGGCGGAGAAGGCGGUGCUCGUCAAGAAGUCUCGGCUCGGCGCCGACGAUGACGACAGCUCCUCCGACGAACACCCAUGCGGCAGGCCUGCUCCCGAGAUCGAGGCCAGAGUGUGCGACAAGGCUGUCCUCAUCAAGAUCCACUGCGAGAACCGCAAGGGCGUGCUGGUGAAAGCUCUCUCCGAGAUCGAGAAGCUCCACCUUUCCGUGGGGAACACCAGCGUCAUACCUUUCGCCGCUGCUUCUCUCGACAUCACCGUCAUGACCCAGGCAAGAUCCACC